GUGCGACCCAGAGCGGCUGGAGGAGGCGAGGGCCGGGCGCUCUCUCCGCCGCAGCCGUCCUUAGCCUCCUCCCUCACCCCGAGGUGGGGACCGAUUGACCGUUUCCAGGCUCCCCCCUCCCCCGCCCCGGGACAGGGGCGCUGGAGAGGCCAGGGGUGGACCAUGGCGGUGAGAUUCCAGAUACAAAAGCUGAGGUCUCCAGAGAGGUGUUGGACAUGGAGGAGAUGACCAUCUGGGAACAGCACACGGCCACGCUCUGCAAGGACCCCCGGAGAGGCUUUGGCAUUGCAAUCUCUGGUGGCCGAGACCGGCCCAGUGGAUCCGUGGUCGUGUCGGAUGUGGUGCCGGGGGGGCCAGCUGAGGGCCAACUGCAGACAGGGGACCACAUCGUCAUGGUGAAUGGGGUCUCCAUGGAGAGCGUCACCUCCACCUUUGCCAUUCAGAUACUCAAAACCUGCACCAAGUUGGCCAACAUUACCGUGAAGCGUCCCCGGAAAAUCCAGCUGCCUGCCAAGGCCAGCCCCUCUGGGGGACAUCAGGUCUCGGAUGGGGAGGCUGACCACGGCCAGGGCUACGACGGGGACACAUCCAGCGGGUCUGGCCGCUCCUGGGGCGAGCGCUCCCGCCGGCAGAGGACGGGCCGCCGGAGCCGGGCCGGCAGCCACGGGCGCAGGAGCCCAGGCGGCAGGUCUGAGGCCAACGGGCUGGCCCUGGUGUCCGGCUUUAAGCGGCUGCCGCGGCAGGACGUGCAGAUGAGGCCCGUGAAGUCCGUGUUGGUGCGGAGGAGGGACAGCGAAGAGUUCGGGGUCACCCUGGGCAGUCAGAUCUUCAUCAAGCACAUCACUGAGUCGGGCCUGGCGGCCAGGAACCGCGGGCUGCGGGAAGGCGACCUCAUCCUCCAGAUCAAUGGCGUGUCCAGCGAGAAUCUGUCUCUGAGCGACACACGGCGACUGAUCGAGAAGUCAGAAGGGAAGCUGACUCUGCUGGUGCUCAGGGACAGAGGGCAGUUCCUGGUGAAAAUCCCAUCGGCCGUCAGUGACAGCGACAGCUCUCUCCUGGACGACAUCUCAGACCUCGGCUCAGAAACGUCCCAGGCGCCACCGUCCCACGUCCCACCGCCACCCCAGCAUGUACGGCGGAGCUCUGAUGCCAGCUGGACCGACUCCCCCGAGGAGAGCCCCCCGCUUUGGCGGGACAAUUCAGUGGAUUCCAGAACCAUCUCGGAAACAGACUCCCCCAGGCAAAGCAGCUAUGACAUCUACAGGGUGCCCAGCGGCCAGAGCAGGGAGGACCGUGGGUACAGCCCCGACUGGAGGGUGGUCCGCUUCCCCAAGGGCUCCACCAUCGGCCUGCGCCUGGCCGGCGGCAAUGACGUGGGCAUCUUCGUGUCCGGGGUGCAGGAGGGCAGCGCGGCCGACGGGCAGGGCAUCCAGGAGGGAGAUGAGAUUCUGCAGGUGAAUGACGUCCCCUUCCGGAACCUGACCCGCGAGGAGGCCGUGCAGUUCCUGCUGGGGCUGCCGCCGGGCGAGGACGUGGAGCUGGUGACGCAGCGGAAGCAGGACAUCUUCCGGAAAAUGGUGCAGUCCCGCGUGGGCGACUCCUUCUACAUCCGCACGCACUUCGAGCUGGAGGCCAGCCCCCCGUCGGGCCUGGGCUUCACCCGCGGAGACGUCUUCCACGUGCUGGACACGCUGUACCCCGGCCCCGGGCAGAGCCGCGCCCGCGGGGGCCACUGGCUGGCGGCGCGCAUGGGGCGCGACCUCCGCGAGCAGGAGCGGGGCAUCAUCCCCAACCGGAGCAGGGCGGAGCAGCUGGCCAGUCUGGAGGCCGCCCAGCGCGCCGUGGGCGCCGGGCCGGGCGCGUCUUCGGGCUCCAACGCGCGGGCCGAGUUCUGGCGGCUGCGGGGUCUCCGUCGAGGGGCCAAGAAGACCACCCAUCGGAGCCGCGAGGACCUGUCCGAUCUGACCAGGCAGGGUCACUACCCGCCGUAUGAACGCGUGGUGCUUCGAGAAGCCAGCUUCAAGCGUCCGGUGGUGAUCCUGGGGCCCGUGGCAGACAUUGCCAUGCAGAAGUUGACUGCGGAGAUGCCCGACCAGUUCGAAAUCGCAGACAGCGUGUCGAGGACCGACAGCCCCUCCAAGAUCAUCAAGCUGGAUACCGUGCGCGUGAUCGCCGAGAACAACAAGCACGCGCUCCUGGACGUGACGCCGUCGGCGGUGGAACGCCUCAACUACGUGCAAUAUUACCCCAUCGUGGUCUUCUGCGCCCCCGAGAGCCGCGUGGCCCUCAAGGCCCUGCGCCAGUGGCUGGCGCCCGUCUCCCGCCGCAGCACCCGCCGCCUCUACGCGCAAGCCCAGAAGCUACGCAAGCACAGCGAACACCUGUUCACCGCCACCAUCCCCCUGCAUGGCACGAGUGACGCCUGGUACCGGGAGCUCAAGGCCGUCAUCCGCGAGCAGCAGACCCGGCCCAUCUGGACGGCCGAGGACCAGCCGGACACCUCGUCGGAGGGCAACCUGGACCUGCCUCACCGAGGCCUGGCCGACAGCUCUGCGGAUCUGAGCUGUGACAGCCGGGUCAACAGCGACUACGAGACAGACGGGGAGGGCUACACGGAUGGCGAGGGCGGGCCCCACACGGACGUGGACGAGGGUCCGCCGGCGCCAGCUCUGGCCCGGUCCUCGGAACCCGUGCUGGCGGAUGAGCCUCAGAGCCCGGGGGAUCAUGGGAGAGCCCCGGGUCCCCCAGGGGCCCAGGUGGAUGGCCAUUCCCCCCAUGGUCAGUGGCGACAGGACAGCAUGCGGACAUAUGGGCAGGAAGCUUUGAAGAAAAAGUUCACGCGAGCUCGAGACAUGGAGUCCUCUGACGAAGACGGCUACGACUGGGGCCCGGCCACCGACCUGUGACCCCCUCCCAGGUGGCCAGCUGGCCCCUAUCCCCUCUUCCUCCCUAGAGCUGGGAGUCAGUUUCCCGUACAGAACCUAGAACCCUACCUCUUUCUGCCAAUCUUUAAUAAAUAGAGUAUUUUCACA